CGCGCUACUGUUUUGUGCGAGUUAGAAUUCAAGUCCAUAAUAAUGGUGUCGCGUAAGCUAGCAUGUGUGGGCUUGCGCAUGAGCAACAAGAUGACAGUGUGAGAGGGCAAUUGAUCACGCUGGAACGGAUAACUGGGGAGUCCAUAGUAUCAACUUGGUGGCACCUGGCCGAGACCAUCACGCCUCAAGUUCGGCAAGCUGGAGCUCGGUCUUCACACGCAGCGGACCAGGUUUAGGAGAUCUUCAGGAGGGGCGAAAAUAGCAACGGCCAUCUCUCAGUUCCAGAGCGAAUAACGGAGCGAGAGUCAGAGAAGCCACUUCCGAGUCCCUAGGAAUCGUGACAUCCAUCUCCGACUGCAGGCUAUUCAUUCUAGGAUUUCUUAGCUGGGCGAGGGAGUUUUUCGAAUGCAGGGCUCGCUGCCUCUGCCGAUUGAUUGUUGUUGGGAGAAGUGAGUCCCAAGGCGCUAGAGCGUAGAUCCGUGAGUCAGUGCCAGGGGAGGUCGCAGCCGUCCCGCACUUCGGUACAUCUCUCAGGACCAUGUAUGAGCAACACCCAACAUAGAUGCGUCCUGUCACAAAUCACAGUAUGAAGGUGGAAGCUUCUCAGAUUCUUGGCAACAAUCCCUAACUUGAAGAUCGGGUCCUCUUGGUUUGCAACGGAUCGCUGCACGUCACAGGAUGCAAUACUUGGAGCGCGACGACCUAAUAUCCUGAGAUAUGUUGGCCUGAAAUUGCAUUGGAUCCGAUUGGAGGUUUCGGUCUUGACGGUGGUUUCCAAUGAUCUUGUGCUUAGGGGGGGUAAUUUGGCGAACGGGCACGGGUGCACUAGAGCGAGGAGGGCAUUGCCCCAGCUCACGCACUCAUUGACAGGCGAAGUGGGGGUCUUCCCACGUUAAUAAUUCCUCCACAGCCCCUUCUCAAGAUUAUGCCUCCGUCUACAGUGCAAGAUGACUUUCCGUCCACACCCGGCAAAGUUGGUUCAACGUUGCACUGUAGACGCAAUAGCAUAGACUCUUUACCUGAAGAUCCUGUGCAGCCGGUGAAGAUGGACAAGGGCAACUACUUCGGACGGGUGACAUCAAGAUGGCAUUCAAGUGCGUUGGCAAAGCUGCUCUGCAUCACUUCCAUUCUUCUUGCAUUGACAGUGUCUGUGUUCCUAUGGAUGAGCUUGCCGAGGGGUAGCCAAGGUUAUGGAAGCCUCAAGGUGCAGGUUUUCCAGCGCAAUCAUGAAUGGGAGAGAAAGGUUAUCCAUUCAGGUUCUCCCAAUCGAAAUGACAAUGCGCUGACUGUGUUGGUCACGGGGGCCGCGGGUUUCGUCGGCACUCACGUCUCCCUGGCCUUGAAGAAGCGAGGUGACGGGGUUGUAGGACUCGACAACUUCAACAGUUACUACGAGGUGUCUCUGAAACGAGCUCGACAGGAGCUUCUCAACAAGCAUGGCGUGUUCGUUGUCGAAGGUGACAUCAACGACAAGUUCCUUAUCGAAAGCCUCUUCGAUGUUGUCCAAUUCACGCAUGUAAUGCAUCUGGCGGCUCAAGCCGGUGUGCGGUAUGCUAUGCAAAAUCCCCAAUCCUACAUUCACAGCAACAUCGCAGGAUUGGUGAAUAUCUUUGAGGUUUGCAAGGCCACUAAUCCACAGCCGGCCAUCGUUUGGGCUUCUUCAAGCUCUGUAUAUGGACUUAACACCAAGGUACCCUUCUCCGAGGCCGAUCGAACAGAUCAACCCGCGAGCUUGUACGCAGCUACAAAGAAAGCAGGAGAAGAGAUCGCUCAUACAUACAACCACAUCUACGGUCUCUCUAUCACGGGACUCAGGUUCUUCACCGUCUACGGGCCAUGGGGGCGACCCGACAUGGCGUACUUCUCCUUCACCCGCGACAUCCUGAAGGGAAAGCCGAUCAGCAUCUACUCGGGCGCGGGAGGCAAAGACCUUGCUCGCGAUUUCACCUACAUCGACGACAUCGUGAAGGGAUGCGUUGCCUCGUUGGACACAGCCGAGAAGAGCACAGGCAGCGGCGGCAAGAAGUCCGGUCCGGCCAUGCUGCGCGUUUUCAACCUGGGCAACACAUCCCCAGUCACCGUCCCUACACUCGUCGACAUCCUCGAGAAAUACCUCAAAGUGAAAGCCAAGCGUGAGACCAUCAAAAUGCCUCGCAACGGCGACGUCCCAUUCACGCACGCCAACAUCUCGUCCGCCGAAUUGCAGCUCCACUACAAACCUGUCACGAACCUCGACACGGGAUUGAAGAAGUUUGUAAAAUGGUAUCUCAGCUAUUACGGUGACAGUUCCAAUCGAAAGUUGUGGCCGGGAAACAAUGAGCAAACACUGUAGACUAACAUGAGUUUUGCGAGUCAUCGUUUUCAAUCCCAUCUUCCAGUCACGUAAUAUCUAGCAAUAGGGAAUCCGUCCGUUGUCUGAGGCAGCAACCCUCGCAUGAACUAUACUAUACUGACACCGCACAUUUAUACGUUCAAUAAUCAAACCAAAUCACAGGACUCAGUGGGUUCACGUCAGAGACAACGAGUGGGACUCGUUGUGCAAUCACUCGCCUCUUAAGUUGUAAAUCUAUUAGCGGUAGUAACCGAAUCUGCUUACCGACACCGAGACCACCUUCAACAUGAAGGUUGUACCACCUUCCGGCAAUUACUGGCGACCAAUCUACCCACAUAGCUACUGAUCGUCGAUCAGACAUGUCGAUGUCGAUCAAUUCCACUGAAUUCUUACCACUCUAUACAUAAACCUUCCAAGCUUCGAUCACA